AUGGCCUCGCAACCCAUCAUUGUUGUUGGCGGCGGUCUCGCCGGUUUGUCGGCGUCGUUGGAGAUUCUGAAUCGCGGCGGACGCGUGAUUAUUGUCGAGGGCGAGGCGAACACCGGCGGAAAUUCGGCGAAGGCUUCUAGUGGAAUUAACGGCGCUGGAACGGCAACUCAGGCGGCGCUCGGAAUCGAUGACAAUCCGGAGAAUCUCAUCAAAGACACGCUGACCGCUGGCGACGAGGAGAACGACAGGGAACUGGUGAAGAUUCUGGCGGAGAGCUCGUCGGACGCCGUCGAGUUUUUGAAGAAGGUUGGCGUUGAUUUGGGCGAUGUCAAUCUUUGUGGCGGCCACUCGGUGCCGAGAACUCAUUGGAUUCCGUCGCCGAAAGAAGGACGACCGAUUCCUGCCGGUUUCGAGAUCAUGCGACGCCUUCGACUUCGAUUGGAUGAGCUCAAAGCGAAAGAUGAAGCGUCGAUUCAGUUUUUGACGAAAACCAAAAUGAUUGGAAUCGAAACGGAUUCGAAUGGUCGUGUCGUUGGAGUGAAAACGGAGAGUGUUGAUACCAAGGAGGUGCGGAUUGUCAACGGAUUGGCGGUGAUUCUCGCCACCGGCGGAUUCUCGGCGGAUCACGAGGACGACAGCUUGCUUGUCGAGUUUGGACGGCAAAAAUUGGGAUUUCCGACGACGAACGGACAAUUCGCCAAAGGGCACGGUGUGAAAAUCGCGAGGGCUCUCGGAGCCCAAUUGAUCCUAAUGGAUCGCAUUCAGAUCCAUCCGACGGCGUUUGUUGAUCCGAAGGAGCCGACAGCGGGGACAAUGUUCCUUGCCGCCGAGGCGUUGAGAGGCAAAGGGGCGAUUCUGAUCAAUUCGGAAGGAAAACGAUUCGGCAAUGAGCUCGGCCGUCGCGAUUAUCUAACGAAACGGAUUUUGGAGCAUGCGAGCCCCAUUAAAGAGGAGUUCCAGAAUGGGUCAGGUGGCCGACAUGCCGCAAUCAUGCUUAUGAAUGAAGCGAACGUUGAUUCGUUUGGACGACCCGCCUUCAAUUUUUAUUCAAUUGUGAAGAAAUUCUUCACCAAGUACAAUAAUGCGGAUGAGCUUGCUGAGAAGCUUGGCGUUGAUCCGAAGGUGAUCCGAAAUGAGCUCGACGAUUACAAGGAUCAUUUUGAUGGAAAAUCGGCGGAUCGAUUUGGGAAGACGGUUUUUCCGGUGUCGCCGAUUGUGGCCGAUGAGACGAUCUACGCAGCGAUUGUGACGCCGGCGAUUCAUUACACGAUGGGCGGAUUGAGAAUUGAUGGCAACGCGCAAGUGAUCGGCGCGAACGAGAAGCCGAUUCGCGGAUUGUUGGCCGCCGGCGAGGUUACCGGCGGUGUUCACGGCUCGAAUCGUUUAGCUGGCAACUCGCUUCUCGAAUGCGUCGUGUUCGGAAGAAUUGCCGGCGAGACGGCGAUCAAAUUGGCGGCGGCGGGAAUCGAGCGCGAGCUUUGA